AUGGCUUCUCCUCCACAUGUCGGGAGCCUCUCCCGUCUUCCUGCCAACUUGCGCGGUGGUAUUGAGUCUGUCAAGCGCAGCCGACAUAAUGUGUCUUGGCCUUUGCUAAACCUUGACCUAUUGCGCAAUGUACUCCUAUUCCUCUUCCUUUGGCGAUGGACUCGUCGCGCAUUCUGGCAGCUCAGAGGGCGUGGUAUUAUCGGCUCCAUCUUGGAGCUAUACACCAACAUUCGUCGCAUCCUAUACGGUUACUUCCUACGAGCCCCCGGCGUGCGAGGCAAGGUCCAACAACAGGUCAAUGAAUCUCUAGCCAAGAUAUCCGACAAGUUGGUUCCCAAAGAUCAGAUUCGUUACCUUACUCUACCAAAGGAGGGUUUCUCCCAUGAUCUCGUACGCGGCGAGCUCGAGAACCUCGCCAACAUGGAUCAUACUCGCUGGGAGGAUGGUUAUGUAUCUGGUGCUGUGUACCACGGCGAGGAUGAGCUAUUGGCUCUGCAGACGGAGGCUUUCGGAAAGUUUACUGUUGCCAACCCUAUCCACCCUGAUGUUUUCCCCGGUGUGCGCAAGAUGGAAGCCGAGGUCGUGAGCAUGGUUUUGAGCAUGUUCCAUGCUCCUCCUGGAGCUGCCGGUACAUCUACCAGUGGAGGAACUGACAGUAUUCUUAUGGCUUGUCUCGCAGCUCGCCAAAAGGCUUACGCUGAGCGUGGAGUGACGGAGCCCGAGAUGAUUCUUCCUGAGACAGGCCACACUGCUUUCCGCAAGGCUGCCGAGUACUUCAAGAUCAAGGUUCACCUCGUUGCCUGCCCAGCUCCCGAGUACCAGGUUGACGUCAACGCUGUCCGACGUCUGAUCAACCCCAACACGGUUCUCUUGGUUGGCUCUGCUCCUAACUUCCCCCACGGUAUUAUCGACGACAUCGCUGCUCUAUCGAAGCUUGCCCUCCGCAAGAACCUUUGGCUCCAUGUCGACUGCUGCUUGGGCUCCUUCCUGGUUCCUUUCCUCGAGCGUGCUGGUUUCGAAACUCAGCUUUUCGAUUUCCGACUGAAGGGUGUUUCCAGCAUUAGCUGUGACACUCACAAGUACGGUUUUGCGCCAAAGGGUAACUCGACUGUUCUCUACCGAACCGCCGAGUUGCGAAAGUUCCAGUACUUUGUGUCCCCUGAUUGGUCUGGUGGUGUCUACGCUUCUCCCGGUCUGGCUGGUUCUCGACCUGGUGCUCUUAUCGCUGGUUGCUGGGCUAGUUUGAUGACCAUGGGUGAGGCCGGCUACAUCGAUGCCUGUACCAAGAUCGUGGGAACCGCUAAGAAGAUUACCGAGUCUAUCCAGACUACCCCGGCAUUGGGUGGCGAGCUUGAGAUCAUCGGAAAGCCUCUUGUUUCGGUUGUUGCAUUCACGGCGCGCAACUUGAACGUCUACGAUAUUGCUGACGGCAUGGGUGCUAAGGGAUGGCAUCUCAACGCUCUUCAGAGUCCUCCUGCUAUCCACGUUGCGGUCACUCUACCCAUUACCAAGGUCUGGGAGAAGCUCGUCUCCGACCUGGAGACUGUUGUCGAGGAAGAGCGUGAGAAGGAGCGUGUUCGUCUUGUUGAGGGCAAGGGAGCACAUGGUAAGGCCAUGGGUGACGCCUCAGCACUGUACGGUGUUGCUGGCUCUUUGCCUAACAAGAGCGUUGUUGUUGAUCUUGCGAGUGGAUUCUUAGAUCUGUUGUACAAGGCGUAA